AUGUAUUACAGAGCCCUUGUUGUUGUACUUGUCCUCCUGUUCUUCUCAACUUGCCAUGGCAGAAAUCAAAACCAGCAGCUCAUCGGCAGUUCAUGCGGAGACAUCCAAAACAUCACCUUCCCCUUCCAAUUGCAAUCCGACACACAAAUCUGCGGAGGAGUUAACAACAACUUCACUCUGUCCUGCGACAACAAUCGCACAAUCCUAUCCUUAUCCUCCGCAAAAUACUACGUUCAUUCCAUCAACUACGACAACUCCACAAUCCGCCUCAUCGAUAUCGUGAAAUCUCCUUAUUACAUUAACACAACUUCUUAUUGCGACAAUGGAAUCGAUUCCUCGUCACUGAAAGGCUUUUCUUACGUUCUGGCUGGACAAGUGAGUGUUUGGUAUGUUGCCGAUUCCUGCACUGUCCAGACCAUUGCUGUUUCUUCCUCACCAUUGCUGAUUGGAACUGAAAUUGCAUCGAGUUUUUCACUCUCGGAUGUUAACAAGGCGUUGGAAUAUGGGUUUGAGGUUUCGUGGGAGUUCAAAACCUGUAAAGGUUGCAAAAAACGGGCAUCUUGCUUCGGCGAUGCCGUGAAUGUCGUUGCCGCUUGCUCCAGUGUCUGCUCUUUUCAGCCUUCCUUUCUAAGUGAGUAA